AUGCCACGCAGCACCAUGUCGUCUGCAAACGGGCCAGAGCACUUCUGGCCCAACAUCAAGAACGCCAUCCUGCAGAACCCAGCAGGUCAGCCGCCGAGUCAACGCAUGGAGCCUCAGUGCCCUGUCUGCUUCGAAUCUUUUGACAUCACCACCUUCCACAGGCCAUCGGGGAACGCGCCCAUCUGUGUGGUACUCUUCUGCGGACACGCCAUGUGCAGGGGGUGUCUUAGACAGGCGGAGGAGUCUGGCGUCGGAGGCGAGGAUAAGAAGUGUCCUUGCUGCCGGACGGCGCUGGCCUGCAGCUGCGGCGAAGCGUCCAAGACGUUCACGGUGCCUGACGCCAAGACGAGCCCGGACACCGUGUUUGACGCGCCGCUCACCAAGCCCGAGGACCCCAACGGGGACGUCCAGCCAAAGUGCCACCGCUGCACGGCCUCGGGGGAGUGGCUUAACCGGAUCGACAACGGGGACUGGCCGAGAGAGGCCGAGACCAUUGAGCCCGGAGCCGUGCGGUUCUUUUACGGGGCCGUCGACUCACUCGAGUCUGAGGGCCGGCCCAUAACUCCUGAGUCCGUCUCCAGCGCGUUUGGGAGCGUCACUAACGAUGAGUACCAGAUGUUGACCAGUCGCCGCAAUGACUUUAUGAGUCAGCGAAGAUCGGAGCUCGAGAGCGCAAACCCGUGGUUUGGAGGUCAUCGUGAGGCCGAUGGACUAGACCGUUACAGUUCUUCCAGCCGCCAUCACGAGCGCCGCCGCGAGGUAAACGUCGACUACCGAGCCCCUCUGGAUCCUCCCCGCGCCCGUCACAUCGAGUUUGAGGAGCGCCGUCGCAUGCACGACAGACUGCCAGAGGAGAGAAGCCUUCAGGACCAGCUCAGCGGUCUCACUCUAGGAGGCGAAUCACGUUUUGAUGCCUUUGGAAGGCCUCGGCGUGGUGAUGGGAGAGAUCGUGCCCAACAGCGCUUCGACGAGCCUGGCUUUGACGAGCCUCGACGACGACGAGAUGCCGGUAUGGGUGGCAUGGCCAGCUAUGGCGACUUUGGAGCAGGACGUGAGACUGGCCGUGAUGCCUUCUCUGGUACCCAAUACGGACGGGACACCGGCAACCCAUACUCGGGUCAACGCGGACGGGAGACAGACAACCCAUACUCCGGUCAACGUGGACGGGACACCGGCAAUGGCGCCCCACAGGCACGGAACACCGGCAGCCCUUACGGCGGUGCUCCAUACGGAGGUGAUAUCGGCAGAGAUAGGCGCUUCCCCAACACCCAACGCGAGGCGAACCCUGACCCCUUCUCCAGGACUGAGCGCGGCCGCGAGACGACACGCCCUCAAUACCAAUACGGACGCGAGACAGGCGAAGAUGGCGACAUCAACGCCAAAUUCGAGAACAACCCCGAAGCGCAGGACCUCUUCCGGGAGAGCAUGGAGCGGAUGAGAGCCUACGGCAACCUCACCGAGGAAGAGCUGUCCGACCCUUCCUAUAUCGCAUGGCGCAAACGAGAGGCCGUCAACGAGACUCAGUUGAGGGCACUAGCGGACCGUAAUCGCGCCUACAGAGGCGGAGAUGGGCCUUCGGAGAGGCGGCGAUGGUAA